GUGGUGAGAGUUAUAACAUCAACCCAACCACCAUAGACGCCACCACGGGUCUAAAUCACCAAAAUAUUUCCAUCAAUUAUUAACAAUGUUAUUUUAUUCAUUCUUCAAGUCCCUCAUUGGUAAGGACGUGGUGGUAGAGCUGAAGAAUGAUUUGAGUAUCUGCGGAACUCUUCAUUCUGUUGAUCAAUACCUCAACAUCAAGCUAACCGAUAUCAACGUUACCGAUACCGAAAAAUACCCACAUAUGCUGUCUGUAAAAAAUUGCUUCAUUCGUGGGUCAGUUGUCCGGUAUGUGCAGCUGCCCGUGGACGAGGUGGACACGCAGCUGCUCCAAGACGCUGCGAGAAGAGAGGCACAGCAGCAGAGGCAAUGAUGUGUUUUGAUAGUCAUUUGUAUUGGGGUCACCUGGAGAUUAGGAGUGUAUUUCACCUAUACUGACCUGACCUGACCUGACCUGACCUGACCUGACCUAACCUAACUCCAAACAAAAAUAAGGGUAGUGUUUAAUCUUCAGGUGACGUAAUGUGAAGAGGUGUGGGGGCAAAAAUGACACUCCCACAUGAUUUAACCUUUGACCUCUCAGUAAUUUCUCCGUGUUAAAUAAUUAUCGAUGCUAAAUUAAAUAUACAUGACUUUAUUUACAUGUAUUUGAGAAAGAUAUUAAUUUAUUAGUAAUUUAUUCCAGAAUAUUGUUUGAGUUUUGAUGGAGAAUUAAUUGUUUUAAAAAUUCUACAUAUGAAAAAAAUUUAUAUUAACUAAAGUAUUAAUAAUAUAACGUUGCAUUGUGUUGUGUUAAUCUAUAAGACACUUUGUAUGAUGAUUUAUUGGUAUUAAUAAUUUUUUUCACAUUUUAUUUGGACAAAAAAAUCGAUAAUUGUGAA